GAUUGUCAUCCUGCUGCUUGUUGUAUUUCUAUGGUUAAAGGCAGCGACUGUAGACACAUUUAAAGCGGAGAGUCUAAUAACAAAAUCUGCUGAUCACAAAUAAACACAACACACCAAAUCAGUGAAUACUGCUGGAGAAAUUAAGGAAACAAAAAGCGAUCAGUGAUCCAUCUAGUGGCUGGCAGUAUGAGCUCAAAGGGUGGCACUGCCCUGUCCCGACGCAACUAUCGCCUGGCAUCCGACACAGACAAACCCAAAGUCACAGGUAUUGUCAAUGAGAAGUUAUUGAGUGACUAUCUGCACCAUGUGUUUCCUGCCUCCAUUAAGCAGGGACCAGCAUCAGCCGCGUACAGAAAAAUUCUGACGUUCCAGGAUCUUGGAGCUCAUCUGGAGAAGCUGCUGGCUGAAGAUAAUGUCGCUGAGGACGGCAAAGAUCAGAUAGAAGGCUGCCUUGGACCUUCAACUGUUGUCCUGGAUCACAGCAGUGGGUUUGAAGGGCUGUUAUUUGUUGACGAUGACCUUUUGGGGGUCAUCGGCCACAGUAACUUCAGCUCCAUCAGAGCCACCACAUGUGUUUACAAAGGGAAAUGGGUCUAUGAAGUUCUCAUCUCAUCUCAAGGCCUAAUGCAAAUCGGAUGGUGCACACUGAACUGCAGAUUCAACCAAGAGGAAGGGGUCGGGGACACGCCAGACUCGUAUGCCUACGAUGGAAACAGAGUUCGCAAAUGGAAUGUGACAACCACCAACUAUGGCAAGUCCUGGGCUGCUGGUGAUAUUGUCAGCUGUUUGAUUGAUUUGGAUGAGGGAACGAUUACGUUUUGUCUAAACGGGCAGUCUCUGGGUAUUGCGUUCAGCAACAUUAAGACGGGGCCGGGCGUCGCAUAUUUCCCGGCAAUCAGUCUGUCCUUCAAAGAGUCUGUAGCCUUCAAUUUUGGCAGCCGUCCUCUCAGGUACCCUGUGGAAGGUUACCUUCCUCUUCAAAGCCCACCAACCACUGACCUCAUCAAAGCCACCAGGCUUCUGGGAUACCUCAAGACAGUUCUGUCCACCUCCAUUGACAUACAGGAGGAAAAGCUUGUGGAGAGAGACGGUGGGUCCUGGCAGAUUCAAGGAGAUCCCACCAUCUUGGUCACCCUUGCACAUAUAUUUAACCACUUUGCACCUCUCAUGUGCAAAGUUUACUUGGUCGAGGAUGUGCUGAUGAACUUCCUGUUGAGUAUACUGGAGGGAGGAGGAUCUGUCGAUGAGCAUCCACUUAUACAACAGCUGCUGGACCUUUUCUGGCUUCUCAUGGAGGACUACGAGGUGAACGAGUGUCUGAAACAGCUGAUGAUGUCACUGCUGAGAGCGUAUCGUUUCUCUCCCAUCAUCCCUGAUCUAGGCUUUCAGAUUCAUUACCUUCGUUUGACUACAGCGAUACUCCGUCAUGAGAAAUCCAGGAAGUAUCUGCUCAGCAAUGUUCUGUUUGAUGUGCUUCGGUCUGUGGUCUUCUUCUACAUCAAGACCCCUCUGAGAGUGAAAGAGGCUGGGCUAGAAGAACUCAUCCCAACCACCUGGUGGCCAACACGGUUCGACAAAGAGGGCAAAGAUGAGAGAGAUACGCGUGAGGAGACAGCCGAGGAGAGGCUGAGACGUCGAGCGUACGAACGUGGCUGUCACAGACUGAAAAAGAGGAUUGAGGUUGUGGAGGAGCUGCAGGUUCAGAUCCUGAGGUUAAUGCUGAACAACAAAGACAAGGGGACGGGUGAAGCAUCUCGAUACAUUUUCCUGAACAAGUUCCGCAAGUUCCUUCAAGAGAACGCCAGUAAUAGAGGGAACCCCACAGUGUUGUGUCCUCCUGAAUACAUGGUGUGUUUCUUACACCGCCUCAUCACGGCCAUUAGGAGCUACUGGGAUGAAGGGAAGAGAAAAGGCCCAGGAUCCAUCAACAGUGAAGACGCCUAUGUGCCUCCUCAGCUGUUCUACAACGGGAAGGUGGAUUAUUUCGACCUUCAGCGUCUGGGAGGACUUCUAUCACAUUUAAAGAAAACGCUUAAAGAUGACCUAGCUGCAAAGGCCAACAUCAUCAUAGAUCCGGCAGAGAUCCAGGCCACCUCUAUGGACGACUUGGAUGAAGAUGAGGAAACCGGAGCUACCCAGAGACCAUCUGGUGCUGUUGCCAUGGGUGGCGCUUUGGCCCGACCCAGUUGGUUGAGCUCGCCGACGCUGGGCAGAGCCAACCGCUUCCUCAGCACUGCCGCCGUCAGCCUCAUGACCCCUCGACGACCUCUCGCCCCACCAGAGAAGGUCAAAGUCCGCACCCUCGCCGUAGAGCAGAGAACCGAGGAAGACAUCGAGGGAAGCCAUGGUAACGAUGGGCUGUUGCUGGGGCGACCGUUAGAAGAGCCUGACCAGCCAAUCACAGAAAAGUCCCUGCUGGAGAUUCUGGAUGGGGUUGUGAUGAUGUACAAUUUGAGCGUUCAUCAACAGCUUGGCAAGAUGGUGGUUGUAUCAGAUGAUGUUCACGAAUACGCUGUCGCCCUGAAGGACACAGAAGAGAAGAUUGCUCGGUGCCCGAGCAGAAGGCCAGAUAUUCUAGAAGAGUUGCAGAAAAGCCAAAAAGUGUUUGCUGAAAAGCUGAACCACCUGAGUCGUAGACUGGCCUGGAUCAAUGCCACCAUCUACUCCAAGGAUAAGAUGCUGGACGUAUACUGGCUCCUUCGAGUGUGCAUCCGUACCAUCGAGCAUGCGGACAGUACAGGUUCCUUGUUUGCAUUCAUGCCCGAAUUCUACCUCAACGUGGCCAUGAACAGCUACAGCGCCCUCAAAAACUACUUCAGCCCCUCCAACUGCAUGGAAGAGCUUCCAGGUUAUGAAGACACGCUCGCACAGCUCGCAGCCAUUCUCGCCAAACACUUCGCAGAUCCACGCAUCGUUGGGACGGAUAUCAAAGAUUCAUUGAUGCAGGCUUUGGCCAGUUAUGUUUGUUACCCACAAUCCCUGCGUGCCGUCGAGAGGAUCCCAGAAGAACAGCGAAUGGCUAUGAUGAGAAACUUACUGGCUCCAUAUGAACAGAGACCUUGGGCUCAAACCAACUGGAUCCUGGUUCGUCUUUGGAGGGGUUGUGGCUUUGGCUACAGGUACACGCGUCUGCCUCAUCUGCUCAAGACCAAACCGGAGGACGCCAACCUGCCCAGCCUGCAAAAGCCCUGUCCAUCACUUCUGCUGCAGAGACACAUGGCUGAACUCCUUAGUCAAGACAAAGACAUGGCUGCCAGUUUUCUCAAUAGCGUCUUAAACCAGCUCAACUGGGCCUUUUCCGAAUUCAUCGGCAUGAUACAGGAGAUCCAACAGGCAGCCGAGCGACCUGAGAGGAAUUUCGUGGACACACGGCAGUUAAAGGUGUGCGCGACCUGUUUUGACCUCUCUGUCAGUCUGUUACGGGUUCUGGAGAUGACCAUCACUCUAGUACCAGAAAUAUUCCUGGACUGGACCCGCCCCUCCGCUGAGCUGCUGCUACGCCGAUUGGCUCAGCUCCUGAACCAGGUGUUAAAUCGAGUUACAGCGGAAAGAAACCUGUUUGACAGGGUGGUCAGCUUGCGCCUCCCAGGCCUGGAGAGUGUUGAUCACUACCCCAUCCUAGUGGCUGUUACAGGGAUAUUAGUGCGCAUUCUGGUCGACUCCAAUAAACAAGGGAUCUCAAGGGCUGCAUCUGUGCUGUUGUCGGAUCCUUGCUUCCAGCUUCGCUCCAUUCAGUACCUGCUGGGAGAAGGAGAGGUUGGAGCCAUCGGCGCUGACAGCAAACAUUUCUCUCUGCACACAUAUACGGACUACAUCAGCACAGAGGAAGAGCAGAAGGUAGAACAGAUGCUAACUUUGCUGACAGAGGAGUCCAAGCAGGCAGCUGCCAGCACAGCGCCGCCUAGUGAGGACGAUCUCUGCCCAAUCUGCUAUGCACACUCCAUAUCAGCCAUCUUCAAGCCCUGCUCCCACAAAUCCUGCAAGGCCUGUAUCAAUCAGCACUUGAUGAAUAACAAGGACUGCUUCUUCUGCAAGGCCACUAUCACUGGAGUGGAUGACUACACCAAACCAGCCAGCUCUUAGUAUGCCCUUCACACACACACACAAACACACACACACACAUUCGGUGUUCAAACAUUGACAUUAUGUACACUUUCCCCAAAGACUUCACAUAUUCAGGUUGGACUCAUACUGUUGCACGCAUAGACCCUCACGUCUAUAUACGGUCACCCUCCAAUUGCUGUUGGUUCUGCCAGCAUUGCCCAUCUGUGUUGGCGUAUCUUAACAUUUUGUCCUCUGAUGAAUGGAACAAGGCUUUGCAAGGCAAUAGUUCUUCCAGGUGACUUUGUGAUGAAUGGAUGAGGUCCUGUUUAGAGCCGCCCGCUCAUGGUGCUUCUGAAGGAAGCUGAUGGUGAUGGAGAGGAAAACUGCUGGGAAACAUCUAAUCUCUCUUGCCUCUGUCUCAGUCUCUUCUCAUUUCUUCUUGGCUCAUGUUCUCAUCUGUUUUCUAAUUUCAUCUCCUCUGUUUUUGUCUCAAAUAUUUUAGUCUCCUCUUUUCUCAUGUCAUCUGUUUUCUCACUUCGCCUUCUCUCAUCUUGUCCCUUCUCAUCUUCAUUUCAUCUCAUCUCCUCUAUUCUCAUAUCACCUUUUAGUCUCAACCCACCUUGUUUUGUCUCAUCUUGUCCCUUUUCUCUUCUCUUUUUGUCUCAUCUCAUCUUCUCUCCUUUAGUUUCUGUUCAUCUUCUCAUCUCCUCGCCUUUUCUGUCCUUUUAUCUCAUCUAUUUUAGUCUCCUCUUCUCUCAACUGUCCUCACUUCAUCUUGUCUCAUUUUGUCUCUUCUCAUCCUCAUUUCAUCUCAUCUCCUCUGUUCUCCUAACUUUAGUUUUGUCCCGUCUUUUCUUUUCCUUUCUUUGUCUCUUCUCAUUUUGCCUUUUGUCUCAUUUUCUCUCCUCUUGUUUAGUCAUGGUUCAUCUCAUUUCAUCAUCUCUCUUCUGUCCUUUAAUCUCCCCUAUUUUCCUCAUUUUUUUCUUGCUCUGUCAUCUCAUAUUUUUUCUCAUCUUCAUAUCCGUUUCAACUCAUUUCUCCUUCUCUCUUUUCAUCUCAUCUUUUUUAGUCUCCUCUAUUCUCAUUUGUUUUUCUCACAUCAUGUCUAGUCUGUCAUGCCCAUUCUCACCUUCAUAUCUCUUUCAUCUCCUUCUCUCUCACCUUGUCUUUUCUAUUUUCCCAUCACAUUUUAAUCUCAUCUCAUCUUGUCUCAUCUCUUUUUCUUAGUCUCAUCUCAUCUUCCAUUGUUUAGUCUCUUCUCAUCUUGUCCUUUCUCAUCUGUUUUAUUUUAGUCUCAUAUAAUCUCUUCUGUUCUCUUCUCACAAACUCUGGUUAAAAUAGUAUCAUAUCACGAAGUCAUAUAUAAACUCGAUACUAGUGAGACAGUUUUUCACAUCUCUCUCUGUAUUUGCUAAUAUUUUUAUACUCAAAACUGACAGCCAUAUUUGACACAGGUGACAAUAUGUAUCACACUAAGCAGAACCUACAAUCACUUGUACAUGUUUUUCUACAUCAGAAGAAGCAAGCAAAAAGAAAUGCAUCUACUCAAAGCUGUUACACACCUGUCAUACAGUAUAUGUAAUAAAUGUGUUUUGUUAAGGAUUUAUAAAGCAUCAUACAGGAUAAGAAGGCAGUUUCAAAACAGUUUAUAUGGAGACAAAUGCAAUUUGAUCCAUGGGACAGUGAUAACGGUUUAUGUUUUAGAGAAAUGCUUUGAUUCCGCACCAACACUUGUCCGUUCUGCUCUCCGCUAUGUUUUUUUUUUUUUCAUUCCGAUGGCUUUCACGUUUGAUCCGUCUUUAUAAUGGUGUUUGUGAAUGUUCUCAAACCCUCAGCCUUCUUCAUACUAAGAUCUUUCCUUCAGUCUGUUCCAUUAGGAGUGCCUAGACUGCUGUUUUUGUUACUGAACACCAACAGACAUCUAGAUUUAAGUGCUUUGCUGUUGUGUGCAUGGGGUUAGCUUUCCCAGAAUCCUUUGCUAAUGGAUUAUGUUGCAACUUGCACUCAGAAUCCAUUGCCUCACCACGGUUCCCUUAUAAAAGGAUAUUCAGCUAUUGACAACAGCAUUUUUCUACACAGAAUAAAAGUGUAGUGGUGUGACCCACUUUUAAAAAUCCACAAAUUAUUAGAUGGAGACAGAUGGAGCAAAGAUUGGUGGCGGACCUCAGCGUUGACUGUCAAAAUACAAUACGCAAUUGUUAAAAAAACUUGUAUAGGAUUCCUUCCAAAGUUAUCAUUCGCUUCUUACUAAUGCUCACAGACUGUUUAUAUAACACACAGCCAAUUUGUUAUGACCGAUAAGCCACUGAACUUCCAAACACUGCAUAGAACUGAUAAUAAGUAUGAAUUAUCAAAACCAAAAGAGUAUUUGGGUCACUACUUCUCUUAUUUGGACUGUUAAGCAUUUCUCACAGUGUGGUGUAAUAUUGUUUUUAAAAAGGGGGUGCAUGAUAUGAAUUUAGGACCCCUCUCUAUUGUUAUUGUGUGGGUGUGGGUGCGUGUGUGUGCGUUUGCGGUGAGCGUGUGCCGACGACUUUAAUUUAAGGGUUUCCACUCUCAGGCAUCUGCUAUUGUUGUCAAAGGGAAUUUUUAGAUUAGUUAAGCAAUAUUUAAAGGACUGUUGAUGUUUUGUUUUGUUUAGAAAGAGAGGACAUUGCAACUUUUGGUUCUUUCACUUUUGUGAGAGUGUACAUGUAUUGAUGUAAUAUUACCAUUAAAUUAUUUAUCCUAAA